AUGCAUUUCCCUGGUAUCCUUCUUUUGACAGCUUUCUGGCUCUGUCAGGGCACUGCAGCUGGACCCAGAAAUGCAGCGGUUGAGCUAUCGAUUCCUGGAGAGAGCGAGUUCACAAAUGCGACGAUUAGAUGGACAGAGUACCGGGCCCCAUCAUACUCGGCCGCUUUGUCCAUUGGAUCUGAAGAAGACCUAGUCACGGCUGUCAAACUGGCCACUGCGCAUAACAUCCCGUUUCUGGCCACUGGUGGCCGUCAUGGCUAUAGUGGCACUUUGGGCGAUCUCCACGAUGGCCUCGCUCUCGACCUGAGUCCGCUGAACUCUAUAUCUAUUAAUGGCUCUGCUGGCACGCUCACCGUUGGGCCGGGGGUGCGUGUAAGCGAGAUAUACGAUCCCGUUUUUGAAGCAGGAUAUCAGAUACAAACUGGUAUUUGCAGCUGCGUCGGUAUGAUUGGUCUCACCCUUGGAGCCGGCAUUGGACGCCAGCAGGGCUCAAAUGGUCUGGUGCUUGAUGCUCUCCUCUCUGCCCGCGUCGUCACGGCCUCUGGUGAGGUCGUCGAAGCCUCUAAAACCUCCAACCCGGAUCUCUUUUGGGCUAUUCGAGGCGCCGGUCCCAACUUUGGCAUCGUCUCAUCUGCGACAUACCAGCUGUAUCCAUUGUCGGGGACAUUCACAAGCAUCGACCUCGCUUUCCCAGCCCGUCUCAAUUCCUCCUUCUUCCAAGCCCUCGCCGACUUUAACCUCACUGAGAACUGGGCAAUAGCGACGUACAUAUUCUACGAUACUGCCAGUAACAAAACCGGCCUAAGAGCAAGCUGCGUAUACCACGGUCCCCAAGCCGAAGCCAUCCAUCUCCUCACCCCGAUCCUUGAUCUAGGACCCAAAGAAAAGAACAUCACCGAACUCCCCUGGAGCCGCCUCACAGCGGAGGGCUCCUUCGGGUUAGAUGCCAGCAUCUGUACCCCAGGCGGACAGCAUGAGCUCUUCGCCGCGAACCUGCGCCACCGCAAUACCUCGGCGUGGGUGUCUAUGUUCAACGCCAUGGACGAGCUAUAUGCUUCGACACCUGGUGCACGUCAGGGGACAGUGCUUUUCGAGGCGUGGUCGAAUCAGGCUAUGAUGGCUGUGCCGGAUGAGGAAACGGCUUAUCCGUGGCGGGAUACGCAGGUUUAUGUGAGUGUUCAGAAUGCCUGGACCGAGGGAGACGACGGUGCUAGAGAUGCAGCUGCUGCGACUGCACAGGCUAUCCGGGAGGAACUGGCGGCAACAUCUGGGUAUGGAGGGCUUGCGGUUUAUCUGAAUUAUGCGCAUGGGGAUGAGACGAUUGAAGAGGUUUAUAGCGAGAGGAAGCUGCCCAGGCUGGCGGAGCUGAAGAGGAUGUAUGAUCCUGAUAAUGUGUUUCGGUAUUAUCAUGCGCUGCCGACUGCUUAUCCUUGA